AAAUCCCUGACAACUUCUGCUCAGCCUUCCUCAGCCUCGUCAAUUGACGGCUCUCGACGCUGAAUUGACGCCCUCAUGAUGGCUGUUCGAGACCAUCCCACUCUUCCCGACAAUGUUACUUUGUCAUAUCUGGCUGAAGGCGCUGCGAAUAUUGUAUACAGAAUCCAUAUCCCUCCUGGGACUCCGCAGCCAAGCGUGCUCGAGGAGUAUGGAGAUGACGAGCCACAGCCAACUGAGAUUGAUUCUGCACCCAUCUGGCUGAGACAAUUUGAAAAUAAACUUCUCCGCUUGCGUAAAGAUCUUCCAACCACCUCUCCAUGUGCAGCAGGGCACGAUACAUGGCUUCGACUCAUCGCACCUCUGUUCCCCGCGGAUCAGAUCGUUCACCAAUCCCUGGUAGAACUUCGACCACCCGGGAUCAUCACAAAGUUGAACGAAGAACUUCGUAGCUGGGAGCAAUCCUCCGAGCGAUCCACUAUAAAGAAAAGUCAUUUACGGUCAUUAGAUCUUCGACCUACGCAACGUCAAGGGAUCUACUUGGCAGAGGAUGACCAUGGCUUGCUCGUCACAGAUAUGACAUCUAGCGGUGAAAGCGGCGAGGAAAUAAUAGAAUUCAAGCCGAAAUGGCUCUGCCAAUCUCCCUCAGCACCAGCGAACUCGAAGCGCUGCCGUCAAUGCGCUCGUGCGGCUCGCACCAAUGCCAGACGAGCUCGUACCGGCGAACACCUAAUGCCACUGUUAUGUCCCCUCGACCUGGUCUCCAAAUCACCCAGUGAUCUCGAGCUCGUUUCCUCUCGGCUCUUAGCACCAGACAAAGACCCCGCCAUCAUCAGGCGCUUCGCAAGGUGGCUCGAAACCAACACACUUCUCCAACAGCUGCGCACGUAUCAAGAGAUGUUAGACCAAAAGGGGGUUCUAGUAGGAGAUGUGGACGACGAGAAUUUUCUCGUGGCCAUGACGUUGAGAGAUUGUACCGUCUUUGUACGGUUCCCGCCAGAAGGUAGCGGGAGAGAAAUCGAGGCGAGACUUGGGGAUCUUGAUGUGAAGAGUAGUAGAAAGAAGGACUACUGGAGGAGUAUCGAGUUACCGUUAAUAGAAGAGGGCUGGUAUGCUGGCACAGAGAACAAGGAAGAUCGGCAGCCCCUCAUUUGCCGAUUGAGUCCGGAAAGAUGGAACAAAAGAAGAGAGGAAAAGGACAGCUGAGUACAUACGGGAAAGUUAAAAUUAUGUAUAAAUAGUGUAAUUCUAUUGAGAGGACUCGUCUUGUAGACAAGAUAGGUAGGUCUGUGGACUUUGACGAGGG